AUGGCAUUUCAGCAAGAGGCCGUAGGAAAGCUAUGGGAGGAGCUCGGCCACGGCUACAAUCUCAGCGCCAAGCUUCUGGCUUUGCUCAGCCAACCCGGUCACCUCCUCGAUAGCCAUGGCCAGGAGAUGGCUGUGGCCAUAAGCCAAGAGCUUUCUCAGGUGUUCAGGGCGUCUCUGUCGAUGCUCAACCCCGGCAACAGUGGUAGGGUGGUGGAAGGCAGGGCGACAGCGCCCGAGGCUGCGAUCAUGGAGGGUAGCAUCAGCCAGGCCACUCCGGCGAUCAUCAGUGGAGAAGAAGUUACUCCCCCAAGAAUAGGUAAAGAAGAGGAGAUUACAGCCGAGCCUUACAAGGAUGGUUACAAAUGGAAAAAAUAUGGGCAAAAGAACAUUAAGAACAGGAAGUUUGCAAGGUUGUACUUCCGAUGCAUGCAUAGCCAUGAGCGCGGCUGCAGGGCGAAGAAGCAGGUGCAGCAGCAGGAUAACAGCAUCGGCAAUCCUCCAUUGUACAAGGUCACAUGCCUGAACGAGCACACAUGCCACCAAGCGUUUCCUAACGUGAACAUCACCAAUGCAAAUUUAGCCGCGACGAGCACUACGACAAGGAACGGCGCCGACUAUGAUCCCGCUCGCGGCCACCUCCACGUCGGCGGGAACGGCGAGUUAGAGGACAGAAUCAUGACCUCGACCUUCAGCACGGUCAUCGGUGGAGCUGCCCUUGCUGCUCCGUCGUUGUCGCCCGUGCCGUCGCCGCCUCCCGUGGAAGCGAGCCCGAGCGGUCCGGCGUCGUACGACACGGGUGGUGGACAAUCGCCGAGCCUGCUGGACUUGAGCAUGUGCCUGGACGAGACGAUGAUGGACGAGAUGUAUUUCUCGUGCGGUUCGCCAUUUCCUCCUGUCGAGGCAAACGCAGCUCCAUGGUCGUUGUCGUCCUUGCCGCCGCCGCCGCCGCCCAUGGAAGCGAGCUCGAUUGAUCCGGCGGCGUACAUGCCGCCCCGCUGUGGACACUCACUGAGCCUGGACGCGAUGACGAUGGCGGAGAUUUUUCUCUGGAGCAGCCCGCUAUUUUCUCCACGUUGA